CGCAAAGUGGACGCUUACGUGAGAACGUCGUGUUCCGCGAAGUGGUAACCAUAGCAACAGCAGGCAGAUGAUUUUAAGUUUAUAUGUUCCGGGAUCGUUUGUCAAACUGGCGAUUUGUUUUUUUGUCUCUUAACAGAUACACAGAACACACAAAUGCAGCAGAGGACAGACUUGAAGGGACUUGAGGUCAAUGAGACGACACCUGCCAUGAACGUAAAGUUAGUAAAGCCAGAGAAAUCCUGCUGUCCUGCUCACUGCCGUUCUCGAGCAGUUUUCAGAUUACUCAUUAAUGUGCGUGAAACAUCAAAACCGGAUUUAAACCAGGAACAUCUUGCAAAUGACAACAGGACUUCAUUGCCAGCAGCCUCCGUCAUCCAUCCAAUUGGUGAGGGACAUCAUCAGAAGACAUGUCGUGGAGACACUCAAAAACGCAGCUCUCAAGACACUGAGAAGGAGAUGGAGGACAACGUCAUACAGACUCAACAUAUGGAAAUAGACAAUGAGGAAUCUGAGAGUCCUUUCCAUCAGAGGGAACAAAGCCUUUGGAGAAGAGCUAUCAGAAUUCUAUUCAUCUUGUUCAUUAUUUUGGGAAUAAUUGUUAUUUUCAUGAUUGCCAGCCAGUAUGAUUAUCUGGAGUGGGAAAGAAUCAUAAGGUCACUAGGUCUUAACAAAUGCAUGAACGGCUUUGUAAAACUGCGCUUUGCUGGAAUGUACAAUCCGCCCGUAUGAACAAUAA